AUGCCAACCGCGGUGGACGUCGACGAGUAUGAUGAGUUCUUCGAGGAUAUGAAUUGGGAAGAAGUAGGAAAGCUGCUCGAUGCUCCCUCUCAGCCUCGCGCGCCUACAGCUUUGGCCCCUACGACUUCCCAAAUCGCGUCGACCUCGAGGCCAUCUGUGGUCCGGCAGCCUCCUGUAUACAAACCUCCCCGGAGACAAACCAAUCGUAACCAGUCUCGAAGCACACCGAGCCUCCCCUCUCCCUGGGAGAGACCUGCUAUCAAGCGCGCGAGAUCGCCUGACGUCGUCUCGGGGGAGGAGUCGGUGAAGAAGAUGAAGAUGUAUGCGCAGAAAGUGCUGAAAGAGUUCGAGGAAGACUUCACUUGUCCUAUAUGCUUUGACCUUAUUGUUGCUUGCCACUUGGCGAACCCUUGUGGGCAUUCUGCGUGUGGAGAAUGCUCAACCAAGUGGUCUCAACGCAAAUGCAAACCCACAUGUUUCGCCUGCCGUGCUCCGAUGAACAAAACCACUCCCUUCAUCCCUGGGCUGAUCGUCGACAAUCUUAUCGAAAAGCAGAUCAGCUCACUUGCUGAGAAUGGGGACGAAGAGUGGCAGGAACAGGGGCCGAAGAAGAAGGAAUGGGAACAGCGGAAAUCGGCAUGGACGAAGCAGAAGUCAGAGUCGAAAGUUCGCGUACAGCGAGUCAACACGAUCCAACGCGCUAUGAUGAUGAAUGUGCGGCCUGAGGUCGUGACUAUCUCCGACGAGAGCAGUGAGGAAGAAACCGAGGACUUCGUUCAGGCUUAUGACGAUCCGACACCCAUCAGGCAGGCCCCAGUUGUCACGGUAUGGAGGGACAUCGAAGAUAUGCUCCGACGCCCCCGGGUAACAAGGCAUAUGCUUCAAACUCCGCGAGAUGAGGACUACGUGCCAACCCAGUUGCCUGGUGAGGUGGAAGCUGUCGCAGAACACCCUGCUGUGAGAGAAACAAGGAGAAUACACAGAUGAACUUCGUGCUAUUGUUUGCUUCAUUGUAUUCUAUUCUUUCCAUCGUCAUGACUAUACAUGAUCAUCCAGCUGUAGGCGUCAUUCACGACUCGCACUUGUACAUUAUUGAUAAACAUGAAAUGCAUCCUCAUCCAGUCUUCACUGCAUCAUCACCCAAUCUCAACCACCUGCUUCCUGGGCUGCGACUGUAUACCUUAUCCCAGUUGAAAGGAUCUCCUUUCCUGGACCCGAUGAAGGCGACUCGCUUCAGCUUGGGACAGGCUUUACCAACGGCAUCUCGGAACUUGAAGAAUGUGAAAGGUGCGACCUGUUGCAUCCGACGUCCAUCAAGCGAUAGCCGCUCCAAGCUGCAGAGUCUUGAAAAAGCGGAUAGUGUUUCCGGGGAGCCCAGGACUGCCAUUGCCUGCGUGACAAGUAAGACGAGGCUCAGUUACGGCGAAACUGAAAAUCGUGCUUGCCUCGUUACAAUCGCGCCACAGGACAAACAGCGUGAUGUCGAUCACAUGGACCACGCUGCACAAGAUAGCACGCAGUGUAUCCCGCGAUAUCUGGGUUGACACCAAGAGGAGAUGUUUGACAGGUCCUGUAGAUAAAGCGAGGCAACCCGGUUGGGAGGCGCUCAAAGUCUCGAGGUUUGAACGAUUUCCACUCCAAGUAUAUGCCUGAACCGGGCGUUUCGGUACAAAGUAGGCCGCGUUCACCCACGUGCCGUUGAACCUUGUCAGCCGAGGCAGCAGAACAUCGUCCUUCGGCAGAGCAACUUCGAUAUCGCAGUACAGUUCUGCAUCGUCGACUCGCACUUGCUGUUGGAGGAAUCGGACACCAUUCGAUCCGACCGAGCCUUCGAUAGCCAGUCGACGCAGCCGGAAAUUGCAUCUCAGCAAGUUGAGGAAGUCUUCAUCAGAGCUAGUAAUAAUCCGGAGGAAACGAAGUCCGGUCAUACAGGGCAGCAACUUGCAGACAAGACGAGUAUACGACGGCAUAAGUACAUCUCGAUCGGGUUUCUGGAACAGCUUUUCCGUAAAGUCCAGCUGGAGCGCUCGUACGCCAACAGCCAGCUGCGGCUUGAACUGAAGCGUCCUACACGCUCGUGUCACCGCGAUCCGUAUUUCGGCAUCCUCGAGCCUGCGAGACUUGGGAAGUCGCUGGAAGUCGUGUAGGUUGUCAUAGAGCCGAGGCUGGGCGAGCUGACUGAUAUGCCAGCAUAUCAGACAGGCUGAGUAGAAGUCCG